GCUCUCCAGAGGCGCAUAAAGACUCCGCGCUGGAUCUCCCCUGCUCUGAUACUCUGAAGCUGGAAACUGAGAAAUUAACAUACGAUUGGCAUCAGCCUUCUGGGAUGGAGGGCGCAGGCAGCGGCUGGGCACCUGAGCUCACCACACCACGUGCCACGCACGACGUGAAUGGCAAUGACACGGGUCAGGUCUUUGAGGUGGCCCUGCAGAACAGCUCCUCCAAGGGCAGCCCUCAGUUCGUUGGCGUGGAGCUGCUGCAGUCCUUCAAGCCGCUCAUCAUUCCCUGCCACACCCUGGUGGCUCUGGUGGGCGUGUUUGGCAACUACCUGCUCCUCUACGUCAUUUGCCGCACGCGCAAAAUGCACAACGUCACCAACUUUUUCAUCGGAAACCUGGCCUUCUCCGACAUGCUGAUGUGCGCCACAUGUGUCCCCUUCACGCUGGCCUACGCCUUCAACCCACACGGCUGGGUCUUUGGGAGUUUCAUGUGCUACCUGGUGUACCUCAUCCAGCCCGUGACGGUGUACGUGUCAGUCUUCACUCUCACUGCCAUCGGUGUGGACAGAUACUAUGCCACAGUUCAUCCUCUGAGAAAGCGCAUCUCAGUCUUGGCGUGCACCUACCUUCUGUCAGGGAUCUGGCUGCUGUCCUGCGGUCUGGUGGCUCCAGCUGUGGCCCACACCUACCACGUGGAGUUUAAGAACGAGGGCUUCACCAUCUGCGAGGAGUUCUGGAUGGGCCAGGAGAGGGAGCGGCUGGUUUAUGCGUACAGCACUCUCUUCAUCACCUACGUCCUCCCUCUGUCGGCGCUCUGCAUCUCAUACCUGUGCAUCUCCGUCAAACUGCGGAACUGUGUCGUACCUGGCCACCAUACCCAGAGCCAGGCAGUGGCUCGGCGCAUGCGCAAACGCAAAACCUUCCGCCUGGUUAGCUUGGUGGUGGCGGCGUUUGGCAUUUGCUGGAUGCCCAUUAGCGUCUUCAACGUUCUGCGGGACAUUGACAUUGACCUGAUUGAUAAGCGAUACUUUCUGCUCAUUCAGCUGCUCUGUCACCUGUGUGCCAUGAGCUCAUCCUGCUGUAAUCCUUUCCUCUACGCCUGGCUGCACGACCGCUUCCGCGCUGAGUUACGCAAAAUGUUCACGUGUCGCCGACGCAUCGGAAUCUCGGCCAAUAACUGCGCCACAGCCAGCGUGGUUUUGUGAAGCUCUUUUUUUUUAGGCUGGCUUAGGUUAGUCUUUGCUUCUCUGGACAUUAGAGUGUACACAUCUCGUUCAGGUAAUGCAGAAUUAGAUAGGUGCGGAUAGGUAGGAUUCUCAAGUCUGUACAGUGAUCCAGCUUUCACUCAUGGUAGCUGCAUUAAAUUUACCAGAAUGCUAAUUUAGCAUUGCACUCAUAUAGCAUUGGCGGACCUUAAAUAGACGGUUUGGGGGUAAAAAGGGAUCAAACUCGAUCAGAGGUUUAUUUAUUUAUUUAUUUUGUUCCCUGCUUUCUUCUUCCUUGUCAAAACUUUGUGCCCACAUUACCCACAAUGCAGCUUGACACUUUGGUGAAAUUUGGGUUUAGUAAUAAGGCCUAAAGCAGAGAUGAGAGCAGGUGACAGAUGCCUGGAAAGCUCACUGCUUUUAAACCCCAUACCCGCAGAUUUACCCCCCCCCAAACUUGUAGUCACGUGAGGCAGAAAAGGCCUUACACAACUUUUAAAAUAAAUGCAGUUGUGCCCCUCAAGACGUGUAAACCCAACAUGAUGUGUGAAAUCAGUAGAGUCAAUUGACUGUCCAUUACCGUGUUUAAACAGAUGCAAUCACACUGAUGAGCAUGCCUUUUGUAAGCUAAGAUUUAACCUCUGUUUUUUAAAUGUGUCAUUCACGUGAGGUCAGUUUGUUGGUUUAAAUCUUGUUUUAUGAUCUAUUUUAGUGUUUGGACCAUGGAAAACAUCUUCAGAUUAAAAUACUGAUUGACAAAA